AUGCACUUUGUCGUCCUUGUAUACGUCCGGGGAGUGAAUUUGGAGCCGCCGCGUAUCGAGACCACGGGCUAAGCCGUCUGCUUCUCAGGCACCUGGAAGACACCUGUAAUAUUUUCCGUGGGUCUCCCGAAGGCCUAAAACCCCUUGCCCCUACUCCAGGGGUGGGGGGUGAGGCAUAUCUCAGAAGAGUGGAGCAUUUUACCCGUCGGGAAAGGCAGCUGCAUUGGCUUUUUCCCAGCCCUGGGAAGUUCAGGUCUAGGAUUUCCUCUGUUUCUUAUUUCCACCUCGGAGACGAUUUCGCCGGGACAGACAAUGCCAUGAACGGCAGCGGCGCUUCUUGCUCACCAGCCGAACGCCCCGUGCGCCGUGGAGUUCGGUAGAGGAGGCCAAGGCAACCCGCAACCUCGCCAUGGCUGGGAGCGGUUACACUGACCUGCGAGAGAAGCUGAAAUCGAUGAUGCCUUACCGGGACAACUACAAAAGCGGCAGCCAGCGGGACCUCGCUGAGCCCCCCUACGGCGCCACCGGCGGCUCCGCCAAGCGCAAGUACCGCAAGGACUCUGACUCAGAGCCCAGCGACUGCGAGGAGCGCCGGCGGGAGGAGGAGGAGGCCCAGAAAGUGAAGAGCGGCAUUCGGCAGUUCCGCCUCUUCAGCCCCGAGGAGUGCGCCAAGAUCGAAGCCCGCAUCGACGAGGUGGUCUCCCGGGCCGAGAAGGGGCUUUACAAAGAGCACACGGUGGACAGGGCCCCUCUCCGGAACAAGUACUUCUUCGGGGAGGGCUACACGUACGGGUCUCAGCUGCAGCGGCGGGGACCCGGCCAGGAGCGGCUGUACCCCCGAGGGGAGGUGGACGUCAUCCCCGAGUGGGUUCACGACCUCGUCAUCCAGCGGCUGGUGGAGCACCAGGUCAUCCCCGAGGGCUUUGUGAAUAGCGCCGUGAUCAAUGACUACCAGCCGGGGGGCUGCAUCGUCUCCCACGUGGACCCCAUCCACAUCUUCGAGCGGCCCAUCGUCUCCGUGUCUUUCUUCAGCGACUCGGCCCUCUGCUUCGGCUGCAAGUUCCAGUUUAAGCCCAUCCGGGUCUCCGAGCCGGUCUUCUUCCUGCCCGUGAGGAGAGGGAGCGUCACCGUGCUCAGCGGCUACGCAGCUGAUGAAAUUACGCACUGCAUUCGACCACAAGACAUCAAGGAGAGGCGAGCAGUCAUCAUCCUUAGGAAAACCAGACUCGACGCUCCCCGGCUGGAGACGCGAUCCUUGAGCAGCUCCGUGCUGAUGCCCGGCUACACCUCAGACCGCCUGUCAGGAAGCAACAGGGACCCUGCCCUGAAACCAAAGAGGUCCCAUCGCAAAGCCGAUCCAGACGCUGCUCACCGGCCUCGGAUUUUAGAAAUGGAUAAAGAAGAGAACAGGCGCUCGGUCCUCUUGCCAAAACACAGGAGGCGGAGCCACUUCAGUUCGGAGAACUAUUGGCGAAAGUCUUACGAGUACACGGAGGACUUAGACGAAGAAGAGGAAGAAGGGAGCCCGGCCCGGAAAGUGAAGAUGAGGCGGCAUUGAGAGAGAGAGAGAGCGAGGGAGGGUGUGGUCUUCCUCUUCAGCGCCUCCCCUUCUUCCCUCCCCGGAUCUCGGAGCUGAGAAGAUUGUCAUUCAGGCUGUGAAAUGUUAUCCCCCUCCCCGCCCUCUUCCUUGCCUUCCCCUCCCCUCCCACCUGCUAUUUUUCAUCCAGCUUCAUGUUUGUAUCUCUUCUCCCUCCCCGGCCCUUUUCUUUCUUUCUUUUUUAAGGAAUAGCCAGAAUGGAUAUCUGGCUUGCUUUGUUUCGUUUCGUUUUUACCACGAAGGUCCUCCAGGUGCUGCCUGUUCUCUGCUCUCCUCCCCCCCCCCCCCAAAAAAAAGUAGAAGCAUCUUCUUCUCUUUCUCCUCCACUGGUCAAAAGCUGCGUUCCGCGAGGCUUCGGAGUGGAUUUAGAAGAUGCCAAAAAAAAAAAAA